AUGUUCUAAGAUAAAGAUCUUUUUUAAGCAAAUCCAUAUAUGCAGAGUAGUAGUCCUUAAAAUUAAAUGAUAAUGGAUUCACCUACAUUCUUAAAAUAAAAAAUUGAUUACGAAUAGCAAGAAUUUUUAAGAUCCCCUUAAGUCAUCUAUGACAUCAAUUCUCAUGAAUAAUUCCAAAUAAAUUGGAGUAUCUAAGCGUCCAAUAUAAAUUUAGUUGAUUAAUAGCCUUUGAUCUUAAGAUCAGGGAAAUCCUAUUGUUACAAUAAUGUUAAGUAAGACCAAACUCAAUCAUAAAAUGAAUAUCAUUAAGAGUUGGAAGAAUAAGAGGAUUAAGAAUGCUUAUUAUAAAAAAAUGAUUAAGAGCACGUUGCUCUUCUUCCUAUAAAGAAAAAGAGUAAAAAAGAAUAAGCAUUUAAAUUUUAAAAAGAAAAUAAAAUUUAAAAAAAGACUAGUUUCAAAUUUCAAUAACCUUGUAAUUGUAAGAAUAGUGGAUGUAUCAAACGAUAUUGCCGUUGCUUUCAUAGUGGAAAAACAUGUUUGCCAGAAUGUUAAUGUUAGGAGGGAUGCUUGAAUUAAGAACAUAAUAAUUUUGAAAGGGAUUAAGCAAUAAAACAUGUAAAUGAAAAAUGUUAUAGAAACAGAAAGAUUCCAAAGGAGGCUCUAUUUAAAUUGGAUAUAAUAUAUGGAUGUUCAUGUUCCAAAUCUAAAUGUAGAAAAAGAUACUGUGAAUGUUAUUUAAGAAAUUAGAAUUGUACAGAGAAAUGUAAAUGUUUUGAUUGCUGCAAUCGUUAAAUAUAAAACUGA